AUAUUUUCUUCCUCACACUUUUGUCUGCGCGCUAACGUCCACAUACGAAUUGAAGCAAUUAACCGCAAUUAAUGGUAAUUAUUAGGAGUUAACAAAACACCUCGCACACCCCGUAUCCUUUCUUCCUUCUUCGCGGAUUUGCCGGUUGGCCGAUGACUCUUGUAAGGAGGAAGGGCAUAAAGGAGCGUAAAGGAGCUAAAGUUUGCGUACUUUGGGUGCUACCGCUGGCGGCGAGCGCUAAUCAAAGUAAUGAAACCCGUCUAACGGUGUAUUUUCUUUCGCUUCCUCUCGUCGUUGCGUCCGUCGUGGCGCGUGAGGCGCGUCACCGCGCUACCCAGUGCUACCGACGCCACGAGCCACAUUACCUCGCGUUACGCCGAACUGAGCCGAGCGGAGCCGAGCCGCCCCGCCUGUCACUGGCGCCUAUCGUCAAUAUUUCUCCAUCGACGACGUGUUAAUCUCUUAUUUUUCUCUCCUCCUACCCGUUUCAGUAAGCUCGCGCUUACUCUCGGCGACUCGGAACGCCAUCAUUCAAACUCGGCGAGUUGAUACACUUUUGGGUCUCGCCAGGUAGAAAUAUGUUUACCUCGGCAUGCGCGAGAAGGAGAGGGAGUGACGUUCCGAUUGCGAUAAGAGGAAAUCGUUUGAUUUUAGCCUAACAAUUUCAACUAUUUCCAACAAAUACAAUUAUCCCUCAGCUAACUGCACUCUAAAAUUAGUUGAGGAGAGAAAAGCUUAUUGACAGCGACAUUAUAAUGUACAAUACUUUGGUCAAAAGAUAGCGCAUAGAAUGCUAUCGAUCUGAAAAUGGAGCAAACGGAGUUUGCAAACUCGAUUGAAAAAGAAUCGCGUUCGUGUACACAGUCGAGACGGGGGCCGCGUGGUCGCGUGCGCGCGCGUAGGCAUUUACGAUCAAUUAUGCAUUGAGAAAGAUGUUACGUAUUUGGUUCCGUUUGUAACAAUGUCCGCACAUUCGUUGCCACUGAGUCAUCCGGAAUCGCACGGUGUAAAAUGAGCGUGCGAUGAAUAGCCGCGAUGUAUCGCGCAACACGUAGGACAGAACUCGAAUGCGUAAAAGACGUAAAAGAUUGCGCAAUCGCAACAGCUCGAGAGAAGAUAUACCGGACAUUCCUGAAAACAUCAAGAAUUUACAAGCGCUACAGGUGGCAGACUUCAGCAGUAAUCCUAUUCCAAGACUUCCGGCAGGAUUUGUACAACUAAGAAAUUUAACUGUACUUGGACUGAAUGACAUGUCCCUUACAAACUUGCCACCUGAUUUUGGAAGCUUGGAGGCAUUACAGUCACUGGAAUUAAGAGAAAAUUUGCUCAAAUCCUUGCCUGAAUCGCUCUCCCAGCUUUUAAAACUUGAACGAUUGGAUCUCGGUGACAAUGAGAUCGAGGAAUUGCCUGCGCAUAUAGGAAAAUUACCAGCGCUACAAGAAUUGUGGCUUGAUCACAAUCAAUUACAACACUUGCCACCCGAAAUUGGCCAACUAAAAACGCUGGCGUGUUUAGAUGUCUCGGAAAAUCGUCUAGAAGAUCUUCCUGAUGAAAUUGGUGGUUUGGAAUCGUUAACAGAUUUGCAUUUAUCACAGAACGUUAUUGAAAAGUUACCUGAUGGACUUGGUGAAUUGAAAAAACUAACAAUUCUUAAAAUAGAUCAAAAUAGACUUUCUACUCUAAAUCCAAAUAUAGGAAGAUGCGAGAAUUUGCAAGAGUUAAUUCUUACAGAGAAUUUCCUUUUGGAGCUACCGUUGUCUAUAGGCAAACUUUGUAAUUUAAAUAAUUUGAAUGUUGAUAGAAAUAGCCUGCAAUCUUUGCCGAUAGAAAUUGGAAAUCUGAAAAAAUUGGGCGUGCUAUCUUUAAGAGAUAAUAAAUUACAGUAUCUUCCGGCUGAAGUGGGACAGUGUACUGCUCUUCGUGUUCUAGAUGUAUCUGGCAACAGAUUGCAUUAUUUACCAUAUUCUUUAAUCAACUUGAGCCUGAAAGCGGUAUGGUUGAGCGAAAAUCAAGCGCAACCAAUGCUGACGUUUCAAACAGAUGUUGAUGAGGAAACGGGGCAAGAAGUAUUAACGUGUUUUCUUUUGCCACAAUUGGAAUUCCAUCCCGAUGAUUCAGGCAGAUUAGGAAUGUUAGUCGGUAUGAGAAAUGUUCAAGGAGGUUGUGAAAUGCGUGAGCUGACAAGUAGCGAUGACGAAGGUUGGCAAGAGAGAGAAGCAUCGAGAACACAUUCCGUGAAAUUUACUGACGAGCCACCAGAAGCCGAUAAAGAGAUUCCAUUUAUACGUCAAAAUACACCACAUCCAAAAGAAUUAAAAGCUAAAGCGCAUAAGUUAUUUAGCAAAGGAAAAAGUGAAAGUCGGUCGGAAUCUACGGAUGAACAGGAUGUCUCUCAAACAUUUGGAUUAGAUAAAACAGAAUCAGAACCACCAAUCAAUCCUGUAGACAUGCCACAAUGUGUUUCUGAGCAAGAGGAAUAUAUAGAAUGCAAUAUUAUACAAGAUGAUAAUAAAAUGCAAGCACUUGGCAUUGAGGCUGAUGGCACAGAUAUUCACCUCAAUAAGGAAGCAGAUAAUCUUCCCGUUCAAUCUGCCACGGAAUUUCACACAAAUGCAAGAACUGAAAAUUCUGUCCCCGAAUCAAAAGAAAGAGAUGAAGAGUCUGAAAAUGAAGAAGUACAAAGACACGUUGAAUUUAGUGUUGUAGAAGACGCAAAUGACGAAGAUGUUUGUGAUUCAAAUAAACCCAAUAAACUUCAACGUAGAGACACUCCACAUCAUCUGAAAAAUAAACGCAUUCAUACAGCAAUUGAUAAAGAAAAAGUUGCUUCUAUUAUUGCGCAGGCACUUUCGAAAAAAGUUGACGAGACUUGUACAUCUUUACCAUCGCAAGUAGAAUCUAUGGAGACAUUCGACACGCAUAGUCAAGAUGCAACGUCUGAUAUUGAACCAGCGUUGGAAAUACGAGAAGAGCAAUAUGAAAUUCAUAUAGAAAGAACGACAGGUGGACUAGGUUUGUCAAUAGCUGGUGGUAUCGGGUCGACACCUUAUAAAGGCGAUGAUGAAGGCAUUUUUAUUUCAAAAGUUACCGAAGGUGGACCCGCAGACUUGGCUGGCUUGAGGAUAGGAGAUAAAGUAAUAUCUGUAAAUGGAAUGUCGGUAGUAAAUGUAGACCAUUAUGAUGCUGUGGAAGUGUUGAAAGCGUGUGGACGUGUACUUGUGUUGGUUGUCUUAAGGGAAGUUACAAGAAUAAUUCCGCCAUAUGAACAGGCACCAAUGAGAAAAGAUUCGGUAUGCUCCAGCUUGAGUACAAGUAGAGCACCAAGCGCAACAUCUUACGUUUCAUCUACAGCAUUGUCACAUACUUUAGAGAAUGGUGACACAUCUAUGUCUCAUGAAACUGGAAAGACGAAAAAGAUUCCCGAGCCUAUAACGACUGUAAAAGACAGUGAACCUCUGGUAUCCGUUCUCUUUCACACAACGUUGAUACGAGACCAAAAUGGACUUGGAUUUAGUAUUGCUGGUGGGGAAGGUUCGUCACCGUUUAAGGAUAAUAACGAUGCAAUUUUUAUCUCGAGAAUAACAGACGGCGGAGUUGCCCAAAAAGACGGUAAAUUAUUAAUCGGAGACAAAGUAAUAUCCAUUAACGGAGUAGAUAUGAGGGGAGCAAAACACGAGCAAGCGGUGGCUUUACUUACAGGCUUGGAAAGAUUCGUUCGAUUAGUAGUCGAACGGGAAAUACCACUUUCUCAAGCAAAUCUUACCACCGUUGUAACUCCUUCUGAAAAAUCGCCACGUGUUAUAGGCACACCAAAACCUUACACAGGCCUGUAUAGUGCCAACAGUUAUAUGGCAAAUAGACCUGGAUACGGUGGCUAUCGUCGUUCCAUGGAUGCUGACAAAGCAUUGACGCCAAGCCCUACUUCAAAAACUCCACCAUCGCCACCAGCAUUGCCCGUGAAAUCCGAUGUCAAUGAGAUGCCUAAAAUGAAUGGUGUAACUGAUUCAGGAAACAUUCUCAAGAAUGUUUCACCGAUAUCUCCCAGCCCGACAAGUAAUCAAACGUAUCCACAGCCAGCUCCAAGACAUAGUGUUUCUCAGACGACACCUAUAAAUAAUGCUGGUUCUGCAGCUACGACUCCUCAUGUAGAGCCUAGACCAGCAUCUCCGCAGGAAGACAUACAGGUACCGAAGCCAAUCACCAACGAGGAAUUUCAAGCUAUGAUCCCCGCUCAUUUCCUUCGACCUCCAACAUCCUCGCCUUCACCAGACUCCCAUCAGGGCCCCAUUGUGACAGUGACGAUUAAGCAGCCCGAUACUUUGCCUGGAGAUGUAAAUUUUCCUCCAGCUCCUACUACACUCGGUAAAGUUACUGAGACCAUCACAAAGAGUACACUCACCGAGACCGUCGUAACUAGAGUGACCGACAACCAGUUGGUGCAACCACUUAUUAUCGAGGAUGUCGUCCUUGUGAAAGAAGGCUCCUUAGGCUUCAGUAUAAUAGGGGGAACUGAUCACUCGUGUACACCAUUCGGUGCAAAGGAACCGGGGAUUUUUAUAUCUCACGUUGUUCCUGGUGGCAUAGCAGCCAAGUCUGGUAAACUGAGAAUGGGUGACAGAAUAUUGAAAGUGAAUGGUACAGAUGUGACAAAGGCUACGCAUCAAGAAGCGGUAAUGGAACUUUUAAGACCAGGCGAUCAAAUUGUGCUUACCAUUCAACAUGAUCCACUACCGGAAAAUUACCAGCUGGUCGAAAUAGAGUACAUCCCUGUGACAGAAUUAGUGAUAACAAAGGAAGCAGGUGAGAAGCUUGGUAUGCACAUUAAAGGAGGACGAAGAGGUCAGAAAGGCAAUCCUCUGGAUCAUACCGAUGAGGGUGUUUUUAUAUCGAAGAUUAAUUCAGGUGGUGCAGCUAAGAGAGAUGGACGAUUGAAGGUUGGAAUGAGGUUACUGGAAGUCAAUGGCACAUCAUUAUUAGGUGCAACUCAUCAAGAAGCCGUCAACAUUCUUCGCUGCUCAGGGAAUACUAUUACAUUGGUUGUGUGUAAAGGAUACGAUAAAAGUGACGUUGAAUCAAUAUUAACAUUAUCCGACAAUAGAGAUGACAAAGGAGUUGAAGGAUCUCACGAAGCAAGGGAUCCAACUACGGAUGAUACUAAAUCUCUAUCACAAAGUGUAUCCAGUUUAGAUCGUGAUGAUGAGGAAGCUGCGAUUCUUAGACAAGAGCAAGAAAUGAAAGCUGAACUUGUUGCCUGGGAACAAGAAGAACGAGAACGUGCGCUUGUAGAACAAAGAGAGAAAUCCACGCCUGAAAAAGUAUUGGAUGUUGUACGUGCGGCAGAAUCAUUAGUAAGCAAAUCAAACAGUCCUGUCGAUAUGGUUGUACCACCAAAGUCACCUGGGGGCACUAAAGAUCUCAAAACUACCACGAUUGUUAUGAGUAAACAUACACUAGCACCACAAAAUCCUAAUAACUCAAGAACAAAUGUGACAUCUGGAACAUCAAAGGAUUUUUCUUCGUCCAAGUCAUCUACGAUCCCUGACCUUCCUAAAGCAGCGAAUUUUGAACGUUCUACUUCUAUGCAAACUUUACCUUGUCGAACGAAAAAGAAAUCCUUGCCAAAACGCAGUAUUACGUUUGCCGAUCUGCCACCGUCUUUAAAAAAAAGUUCGGAUUCUAUUACUUAUCCGUCCCAUAUUAAGCCUACAUUAUCUAAAAUUGAGCAAUCAGAACAGACAUCGCAGAAAACAUCUACUUCCCUUCCACAAACAGUUAUUUCCUAUCAAACACCCGCACGUUUCCAACUUCCCCCAACACCUCUAACUGCUCCCGAAUACUGGGAAAAUCUUGACACCUCGGCUUCUUUUAGCAAACGACAGAUAGCACGUUCUGUUGAUGGAAAUUUUCAGGUUGAGCAAUCUCCAACUUCAUCCCCAACACCACCAUUGAUAAAAAUGUCAGUCAGCGAUAAAAAGAAGUUAUUCGAAAGUGCCAUGGAAGAACAUUUGAAACCCUCGCCUAAACCAGAUAAAAUAUUCAGCUUUUUAAGUCAGGACGAGGUAGAAAAAAUGAGACAAGAGGAAGAAAAGAAAAUUGCAACUUUGACACCAGACGAACUUAAAUCAUGGGCACAACUUGAUGAAAACGAGGGUCUCGAAGAUUUGGACAUAAUGGAUCAGGAUAAUGGACGACCUAAUAGCCGACUGAGCUCGCGAACUUCGAUCCCUCUUAUCCAGAAUGUUCCCAGCAGCGUGCGGACAGCAAAAGCAGAACGUCGUUUGAAAGAACGCUUAAUACAAGAGGGUCUCAUUUCGGACGAAGAUGAGGAACAUCUUUUAAGCCCUGCGGAACAACGUGCACUUAGAGCGGAAAAACGUGCUGCUUGGCGACAAGCGCGUCUUAAAUCUCUCGAGCAGGAUGCACUCCAGGCACAGAUGGUAAUCAGAAAGAUGAAUGAAAUAAUGGACACUGCUAAUAAGGAGGAAGAUACUCGUGAUGCCACUGAGACGACUGACCCUGCUCCCGAUCAAGAGAAAACAGUUGAGUUUACUACGUUACGGCCGUCUAGCGCAGAUUUUCCUAAGCUCGCUGUGCGCAGUAAAGUGGGCCCUCCUAAAGAGAUACGCGAAUCCGAGAAAGUAGUGGAUGAGAAGGUCACUCGGCGUACCGAGGAAUAUCUCGACGAGGUGACGGGCGAACGUCGUGUACGAACUGUCGAAUACGUCGAGAAGCUCAUUGAGCGUCAGGUGGAAACAUUGCGAGAAAAAAUUAUAUCAUUGGAAUUAAGCAAUGCGGAAGAGGAUGUGGAAAGUAUAACUGGCACUGGUGCAAGCGAUGCUGAAAGUGAAAGUGAAGAUACCACUGGACAAAGUAUGGCUAUUAGUACUGUAAAAGAAAAGACAGAUUCUCAUCCUACGACCGACACAUCUGAAAUUGCGAAUGAAACUUCUGCUAAAACAAAUGAAAAUAUUACUGUUGCAUCCACGAAAAAGAAGAAACGUAAGCGAUCGAAGAAAGGUCGUCACUGACAAAAUAUUUUAAUAUGUAUUUUAACCGAUAGGAUAGAUACAAAACAUUGAAGUUGAAUAGACUUGAAUCGACGAAAUUUUUAUUAUUCCAAUAUUUUACUAUUACACAAAACUGUGUAAUAUUGUUUUGUGUGAAUAUGCAUACAUUUAUGCUUAUUACAUGAGCAUAAAACAUAGAUAAAUCAUACAUACAUACUUAUAUACAUAUUUCAAUCGAUUCUUUUUUAAUUUUUAAUGCGCACUGGUACAUAUUAUUGUCAUACACACGCCCCCCCCCCCACACACACACACACACAAACAUAAAAACACAAAUGUCACUGUAUUUUUUACAUUUUUUUUCUUCCAUACAAAUAUCAUCAGUAAUAUGAAUACAAUAAAUCUGGCUCUAGAUAAACAUAUUGUUUUCAAUGAAUAUAUAAUAGGUUCUACACAAAGCUAUAUAUAUUUUUUCAGUAAAUACGCGACACAUCCAUUAUUUCUGUAUAGAAAUAUAACAAACAUUUUUAUUACAUUCUGUACAUGUAUCACAUAUGUAUAUUGCGAUUUCAUGAACCUAACGUGUGUAACAGAAAUUGGUGAAAUUGCAUAUUUUGAUAUUAAAUAUUACUGCAUUUUCGUACAUUAACAUUGUUGUCAUAUUUUACGAUUAAUAUGUUGUACGUUUAUCUGAAAUGUUGUUAACUCAUGGGGAAUAUAAAAUGUGACAGUUGAUUUUAAGAAAAAAAAAGAGAUUAAAAAGUAAUUAAGUAUCAAGGAAUUAACUCUGACAAUUAACGGAUAACAUUUAUAUUAUUUAUUAUUAUUUUUUGGAGUUUUUGUAUACUUUUGUGUAAAAACUUAAAUUUUGUUUCAAUGUACGGAUAUGUAUUGACAUAAUUCGUUUUUAAUGUUUUUAUCCAAUCAUUUGUUUGUAUAACAAUUUUGCAUGUAUUUACACGUGAUGAUCAUAUUGACACAAAAGGUAUACUAGCGAAGAGUCGUCAGACGUAUUGCAUUUUCCAUUAUGUGAAACAUGAUGAAAGUUAUGCCGUUCUUCUAUAAAAUUCUUUGAGAAUUUUUACCAUCGUUUCUUUAGAAAGAUGCUUUAAAGAUGUGAUAAAACUAUGCAAUUAUAAUGUUACAUACAUAAUUACGACUAUGCUUUAUAAUCGUGUGUGCAGUAUAACAUUCUUCUAACGCCCAUUGUCAUUGGUUAUUUAUAUUCAUUGAAACAUGAUGAAACGUGUUUUAAAAUUGUUAUUUCUACAAUUGCUUUGCUAAUAUAGUACCAAGUAAAGUAUAUUAUAAAUAAUUUAGCUGUUUCCGAGACAAUGUUUAAAUUAUAGGUCGGCCAAUGGGCUUAUCUUAUGUUUGUAGAAUAUUUUAUUUAUUUGAUUUUAAUAUAUAUAUAUAACUUUUAUAAAGAUUUUAUUUUGAUCUGAAAUAGAUUACUGUAAGAAAAACAUUUGUAUUAUUUCAGUAAAAAAAAUAGCAAAUUUCGGUUUACUUUAUUAAAGAUUAUUAUCGUAUUGAAGAGUUUCCCCAAAAAUCGGGGCUAAACUAUUACAGUUUGAUAGUUUCAAUCAAAUAGUGUAAUCAGAAUAAAUUUUGCAUCUGUUACAAAUUUUCCAUACAUAUGAUACAUAUUUACUACUUUGGAUGUAUUUUUAGUACAUUUACGCGAGACUGUGAAAAAUUCAAGACAUCACACUUUUUAUAUAAUUUAUCACCUAUGAUGUAUUCGUAAUAUUAAUAUUGUCUUAGAUUUAAGAAUAUUAUUUUAUACCGACUAUUUUUUUACAUUAUUUGUUAAUUCAAAAUGUAUGCGAUUAAAAAAGAAUCUAUUUAUUUGAUAGACAAUGUGAAUAGAGACAUGGAUUUUCCAAUUAGUGUAAAUAAGUAAAAUUAAAUGAAAUUGCGAUUAUCUGCUAUUCAAAGUGCGAUUAAAAAUGAGGGACCAAUGAGUGAAAUCAAGUAAACUCGUUCGUUACGUAGGGGAGGCACUUGAAAAAUAUUAUAUUAUCGAUAUAACGUUUGAACGUUAGGGAGUUUAAACUUUGCCUACCGACUAUCACGUACCACACCAGCGAUGAGUUACGUACGUGUAUAUACAAGCGAGUAGAGAAAAACAAUGACAGUUUUAUUUCGCUAAAAUCAAUCCAUCUAAUGGAAACUUACCUUUAACUGUUCGGCACAUACACGCACGCGAGCGCGCAUACACGAUACACAUCCUAUUUAUUAAUAUACCAUAAUUUUAAGAUUAAUAAUAUUCACUUAUCCAUGUUGUAGGAAAUUACAAAUUAUCGAUGUUACAGGAUUAUUAAAAGUGCCAACGUUAGUACUUUUUCAUAUAAAAUAUCUAUUAUCACAGAAAAUUAAUAAGAGAUAUUCCAUCUCUAAUCUCGCUGCCUCUCUCCCGCAAAUUUACUUUGUCAUCGUAAUAGCGUUUAUAUUAUACAAUAUCAAACACUAAAUCUCUACGCCUUAUAUAGCGAGAUACGAUUCUUGCCUAUCAAAGUGUAAAAAUGCGUUCAACUUUGAAUAUAAAACAUAUUUUGGUUUUAAAAUAUUACAAAAUAUCUUUAAAUUAUAUUUAUUAAAUGAUAACUUAAUGUGUUUUAAUGAUAUUAUCUUAUAAUUUUGUUUCUUUAUUACUCUAUCUAGAUUUACAUGUAAAAGAUUGUGGAGGAAUGUGAAAAAUGUCAAACAUUUCACAUUACGAAUGUACGAUAUGAAACAUGAAAUAGAUUACUACACAAGUCAAAA